AUGACCAAGGAGACCACGCCCCCACCUCCCGCCGCCGCCGCCACCCAACAAGCCGCCGCCCCCCACGAGCCUCCCUCCCUCCCCAACUCCCCCCUCGCCAAACGCACCAAGACCAACACCACCCAGGAAGAAGAACAGACCCAAUCCGCCACAAUGACCAAAGACCUCUCCACCUCGCAGGCCCCGCCUCCCCUGCUCGUCAAGAAGCUCAAUGACAAGGCCCGCGCCCCCACGCGCGGCUCUGCCUUCGCUGCCGGCUACGAUGUUUACAGCGCUAAGGAGACUGUCAUCCCGGCCAAGGGCAAGGCGUUGGUAGAUACGGGUAUUGCCAUUGCUGUUCCGGCUGGGACUUACGGCCGCAUCGCCCCCCGCAGCGGCCUCGCGUCGAAACACUUCAUCGACACGGGCGCGGGCGUUAUCGACGCUGACUACCGCGGUGAAGUCAAGGUGCUGCUGUUUAACUUUUCUGAGGUCGAUUUCACGGUUCAGGAGGGGGAUCGCGUUGCUCAGUUGAUUGUGGAGCGGAUCUACACCCCCGAGGUCACAGUCGUCGAAGAGCUGGAAGAGAGUGUGCGCGGCGCGGGCGGUUUCGGGAGUACCGGUACUAACUAA